CUUUUGUUUUUUUUUGCAUUAGUUUGCGGUGUUUUAAAUACAGCGCAAGCUUGUAUAUCUUGAAAGAAACACUAUCAUAUCUCUCAUAGCUGCUUUAUUAAUAAAAAGAGUCUGCAAUAAGCUAGAAAAGAAGCAAAGAUGUCUUCUGGAGCAGGCAAAGGGGGAGGGGCUGCAGUGAAAGGUCUGCGUCUUUUAACACUCACAAGAGCGGCGGAAGGUUUUGGUUUUCAUAUGUACACAAACAGAGAGAGAGAGGGCCAAUACAUCAAGUCAAUCUCCCCCAACAGUGUAGCUGACCUGGCUGGAAUGCUGACUGGUGAUCGCAUUGUUAGGGUAGAUGGAAUAGAUGUCACUGGAGAUACUCAUCAUCAGGUGGUAGAAAAGAUUCGUUCUGGGACAGAAGAAAAGAAGAUCCUUGUCAUUGACAUGGAGACAGAAGAUGAGAUGAAGUCCAGAAGUGAAGAGAUAAACCCUGACGAUGCCAUUGUCAUGAUACCACGAGCUCCUCCACCGCCUCCGCCAAAACCAGUUGAGGAACCAGACUCUUCAAACGAUCAUUUACCUGAUCUUGACAUUGUUAGUUUAGAUGCAGCAAGAAAGAACAUACAAGGAAGACGUGCCAAGGAAAUGAUAAAAACAAGAGGCUGGAAGGAAUCUGUUGAAGCAUACAAUCAACUUUAGUAUUAUUAAUUAUUAUAAACCCUUUGUAUUCCACACACACACACACACAUACAUGUACACAGCAGUUUAUGAUUAACACGUGUACUUUUUAACUUAUAUGUAUGUACAUACAUUGUUUUACCAUUAAAGAUACUUUCCUAAAA